UUGCGGCACGUUCUGUCGAACCUAGCCUCGAUCAAAAUAAUCGAGAAUGUGAUCCAUUUGUCGCGGCUGUAACCUGUAACCAUCAGAUAUCGUCAAAAUAAUCAGAGGCUGGCCCAGAGAUGGCUUUCGUAUCGAAAAACCUUCUGAUGUGCGCGUUUCUCGUUCUACCCGUGGCGAUCUCUUCGAUCGAGCACUCGUCCAACAAUGAUCAUCGAGAUCUCACCGAUCAUAGACUCAUCUGGCCGGUCUGGUUCCACGAAAAAUUUGUUCGAGCUCGUCAUGAUCGUCAUGAUGAUAGGAGUUUUCAACAGAGCGCGGCGAGAAAUUGGAGCAGGAACGAUAUGUUCCCCAUGAGAAGCAGCUCGACGAUCGCACCGUCGAUAAUCGGUGGAUCCAGGAAUCGCGUGGAACAGCGCAUUCACGAGCAACGAAUCUCGAAACCGGAGAAAUUUAGCGCGGUUGGGGAGUACAGCGGCAGCAGGGCCAUCGUUUACGCCGGUUAUCACAACAAUCAUCGUCACCAGCAGAGGGAAGCGGUCACUCAGGGCUAUCAGCAUCGCACGACCACUGCGGCUACUUAUACCAAGCAUCAUCCUGGAAGACGAGUUUGCACCAGAUCGAUUCCCAGUUCUGUUACUCAUCAUCAUCGAAAAGUUAGAUAUCUUAAUAUAUUUAAUAUUGAGACACCUUCCAUUUUCUUAUGCUGCCCUGGAUGGACACAGGCAACUCACUUGAGUUUUGGAUGCAAUAAACCUAUUUGCCCUUCUCCAUGCUUGAACAGAGGUGUGUGUACUUCUCCUGGCAAGUGUACGUGUCCCAAAGGAUUUACAGGCAACCAGUGUCAGACAGAUAUCGACGAAUGCGUGACAGAGAAGCCCUGUGAUCAACUUUGCAGAAACCUACCUGGAAUUUAUGAGUGCUAUUGCAGACCUGGUUUUCAAUUACAAAAAGACGGCCAAUCCUGUCGAAAGAACGACACAGAAGACACUGCAUUCGAAGCUCGAGACUUGGAGAAUGAUUUUCCGCGAAUAACAACAACAAGACGUCCAUUAAUCUCACCACAUGAUACAGAAAAUGAAGUAGUUGAUGGUGAUCUUGAUCAGGAAUAUGAGUUUAUUUUAAAAAGGCUCACCAAGCUCGAAAAGCAAUUUGCAACAGGAAGAAAAAGAGAUACUGAAACAACAGAAAUGAGUGUCAAAGUUGCAUCAGUUGUUGAAAGUAUCAAUGAGAUGAAAAGAGCCAUUGAAAAUGUGCAAAUUAUGCAACAAGAAAUAUAUGAAAUGAGAAGCAAAUUAAGAGAAUAUGAAUUAGAGACAAGGAAAAUGCAGCACUUAACGAAUAAAGUAAUGGAACUGGAAAAUCGUUUAAGAUUACAUUGCAAAUCAGCAAUGAACAAUGGUUUAUUGAAUUUUUAAUGUCACGAAAUAUAACGAAACAGAAGAGUGUUAAAAAUAUUGGGCAUUGCCCAUAGAUGUAAUAUUUAUGUAAG